GCUAGUUAUACAUAUAUUAGCUAUUAGGAGUCAAAACCGGUCCAACUGGAUAGACAAAAAUUUUUGUAUGUCACACAAAUAUUUCAUGUCGAUGGAAUAUCUUAGUUUGAAAAAAGCCAUGUAGUUAAAAUGCAAUGCAAAGAGCAGGUAACUCUGGCUUGGUGGUCAGGUGUGGUGAUACUGGUGGUGACAAUGUAUUGCCUUUUUUGCUGCCAGAACUAUUUUAAACUUUAUGCCACAAUUCUAGCCUGCGAUCACGUACGACAUUUACAUUAUUACAAACUCAUGUAACCUUAAUAGCGUAGCUAGCUGUCCCCCUAGAGUAUAGCUAAAUGCUAAAUCGGUAUAAAAUCACUUAGAAUAUGGCAAUAUUAAUAAUUACUUCUCGAAGCUUGUGUUCGGGAACUUUCUAUUUGCACCCAUUUCGUACAAGGAAAGGAUCAGGAUGAAGAUCUUGCAGGGAAUGGGGCGCAAAGGUAGGUGAAAUGUCCUAUUUCUAUGCGCUACUUUAACUAAUUCCAAUGGUCGCAUACACAAGCCCAUAUUUGUAAUACAUUUCGUCCACAUGUAAUGCUACUAAAACAUUUAAGAAAAAUUAAAAAAAAACAUACAUAAAACACAAAAUAUUUAGCAAAGCGACCAUAAUUAUACAUAUAAUUUGCUAAUGUAGCUAUUGUCUGAUUAGCGUAAACGCGGAUGCGAUAGGCGUCCAUAUAUAUACGCUUCCCUUCGAGACUUAGCAUUCAGUAGCCGCAUCCAGACGCAACACGCACGGCACAAUGAUAUACUUGUACAUACUGGCCUUUGUAGCAGCUUUGCUCCCCGUAUUGUACUACUACUUCACCAGAACAUUUGACUACUGGAAGAAGAGAAAUGUCGUUGGACCCAAGCCGGUACCGUUCUUCGGAAACCUUAAGGAUUCCGUUCUCAGACGAAAGCCAUUGAUAUCUAUGUACAGGAGUAUUUACGAAGCGUACCCCGAAGAAAAAGUGGUCGGAAUCUACAGAAUGACCACGCCGGCGGUCCUUGUUCGCGACUUGGAGCUUGUCAAGCAUGUACUCAUUAAAGACUUUGACAACUUCGUCGAUAGAGGAGUAGAGUUCAGCGACAAGGGUAUGGGAGCUAAUAUAUUCCACGCUGAUGGAGACAGAUGGAGAGUUCUGAGAGGUCAUUUCACGCCCGUUUUUACAUCGGGGAAACUCAAGAACAUGUUGUACUUGAUGACGGAGCGCGCUGACAAAUUCAUUGAAUACAUCGAUACUACUAUACAGAAGCAGCCGGAGCAGUCAAUGCACGAGCUAUUCCAGAAGUUCACGAUGUCAAUGAUCAGCGCCUGCGCCUUCGGUCUGGAUCUAGACGAAAACGGAUGGGGUAUACAACAUGAUCCUAAAUACUACCCUGAUCCCGAAAAAUUCGACCCGGACCGCUUCAGCCCUGAUAAAAUAAAGGACAUAGACUCUUGUGCCUAUUUACCAUUUGGAGCUGGUCCGAGGAAUUGCAUAGGACUGCGUUUCGCUAAAACACAAUCACGAGUUGGUAUGGUUAAAUUCUUUUCCAAUUUCCGCGUCGAGCCUUCGAAGAGGACUGCAAUGAAGUUAACAUUUGAUCCCUCGCGUGCAUUCCUCUCAGCUACGGGAGGAAUAUAUCUGAACAUUGUGCGUCGAUAAACUUUACAAAAUGUUAAAUUUAAUUUGUAUUUGUAUUAUCUUUGUAAAUGUUAUUAACUGUGGUAGUCAGAGUCGUUUAAUGAUUACUAAAAAUCCUUUAUUGUAGUUUUAUCUAGAUUUACAAUAAAGUUCUCCCUUAGUGACCACUCUGUGACUCUGAGUACGGCAGUAAAGGUACUCAAACCUAUUGA